AUGACAUAUCCUACCGAGUCGUUCAACGCUUCCGCAGCCGCAUUGAAGUUUGGAAAGUCUCCUUACUUGCAAGCCGUUUCCGAAAUACUGACAGUGCGCCAACUCAAUAGACGGCUUGAGAUUGCCGAAGCCUACAAGAUUCUUUAUGGUCGGGACCUCGUGGAUGAUCUAACAAAAAAACUCUUUCAUCAACUCAAAGACGUUUAUGAGGCCUAUAUGACUCCGCUAGCUGAUUACUUUGCUAAAGGACUGCACCAUGCUAUGGACGGCCUCGGCACCGAUGAAGUGACUCUCAUGGAAAUACUUUUUACUUUAAGCAACGAAGUAAUUAAGUCAACCGCCGCUUCUUAUGAAAAAUUAUAUAACAGAAGUCUGGAGAGCGAUGUAAUCGAUGACACAUCUGGUGGCUUCAAGUCGCUCCUCUGUAUGACUAUCAAUGGCAGCAGAAAUGAAAAUCAGAUAAUCAGCUCUUAUUGGGCUACUCAUUAUGCCCUGGAUCUCUUCAUGGAUGAUGAAUCAAUAAAGACAUCAGAAGAUAGAUUUACAACCAUCCUUGGUACUUGCAGCUUUAAAGAGCUUAAACAAAUCUUCAUUGAGUAUAAUGAAAUAUCUGGCCAUAGCAUUGAGAAAGCCAUCAAGAGCAAACAUUUUUCUAGAGAUCUUGAAAUGGGUCUUCUUCAAAUCGUUCAAAUUGCCAAAUCGAAAACUGGUUACUUCGCUAAGCGUCUUCAUGAUAGCUUCGGAUUUCUGUAUAACAACGACUGCACUCUGAUCCGUAUUAUUGUUACGCGUAGAGAGAUAGAUCUUCAAGAUAUCAAGAAACAAUUUAAGGAACAUUAUGGAAAAGAACUCAGAACUAUGAUAGCUACUUUAUUGUUUGAUUUUUUUAAAUACCUCAACAUAAUGAAUAGGUCCCUUACUUUUUCUCCAUAA